AUGACCUCGUUCGAUGAAACCGUCAAUUCUAUCCGGAACCCAUCCGGGGAAGACAAGCAGCGCCUCCCUCGGGUCACGUUGGGCGCCGUUAAUAGAGAUGGAUCCUUUCACUACGCUAAGGCUUUUGGGGAUGACCCGGCCGACAUUGCGGACAUUGAUGCCGUACAUUGGAUCGCCUCCGGCACAAAAUUUCUAACUACCGUUGCUGUGAUGCAACACAUGUUGACUCACACCAGUGGCAUGGCCUAUGUGUUCAUGCACCCGCUUUUGGGUCGUUACCAACAACUACAAGGAGAACGACCUCUGAUUCAGCAGACUGUUAAAGAGUCCUAUCACCCUUUCCUGGUAUUCGAACCUGGCAAACGCUGGCUGUAUUCACCAAGCGUUGACUGGGCUGGAGUCGCGGUCGAGCGAGUCACUUCCAUGAGGCUGGGGGAAUACAUGAAGCAACAUAUAUUCGAUGUUGUUUCCGCUAAAGACGUUACCUUUCAUCUCGACCAAAGAGAGGACCUUCGGGCGCGGAAGGCUAAGAACUGGGAGAGAGUGGGUCAGAGCCUAGAAGAGGAAAAGAAUCCUGUAAUGCCCGACCCAAUUACAGAGGACCAGGGGGGUGGCGGUGUUUACGCAACAGUCAGCGCGAUGCUCAAGAUCUACCGCGGUGUUCUCACUGAGAAGCUGCUACGGCCUGAGACUAUCAAGGUCAUGUUCCAGCCACAAUUGGGAGAUGCCACUUGCCUCAGCAAACCGGAUGAGUACCCGCCCCCGGUCCGGAAUGCAAUUUGGAAUGCUGUGCCACACGACGUACCUGUUAGCUUUGGGCUUGGUGGUCUUGUUAACACCGCUGCGGUCCCCGAGCAGCGUGGGUCACAUUCGCUCACCUGGUCUGGUAUACCGAAUUGCUACUGGUGGAUCGAUAUUGAAAAUGGCGUCGCUGGCAUAUAUUUAUCUCAGCUUGUACCUAUGGGAGACCAACAGUCUGUUCAGCUGCUUACCGAGUUCGAAAGGUUUGUGUACUCAACAUUAAACCAGCCCAAACCCACAGGUACACAAGCACACUCGCUCUUGUAA